AUGUCGCGAUAUGUCGGGAUAUACCGGGGGUCCUGCUUCCACCCCGGGGGUCCUGCUCCCACCCCGGGGUCUCUGCCCCAGCCCGGGGGUCCUGGGCCUCCCACAGCCCCGCGGCUGCGGCACUUCCCCCCCACCCCCGACUCCCCACAGCCCCCCCGUGGGUCUGGAGGGACCCGACCCUGCCCACCCCCCGAGGGUCCCACAGGGACUCUGGGACAGGGGUGUCACAGAGGGGUGUCAGGGAGGGGGGCUGUGCCGGGCUCUCUCUGUAUUUCACAUCACGGCUCUUCCUUUGUUUCUCCCUCUUUGUUUGUGGGAAAUCUCGAGGUGUUGGGGUUUGAGGGGACACACAGAGGGUGUUGGGUACCGGGGCUCCAUCCCCACAGAGCUGCGGGGGGCUGCAGACGCCGCGGGGGCAGUCUCAGCCCCCCGUGCCCCCUCACCUGCGCUCCCUCCCUGGGGUCGCGGGCAGAGCCCCCCCCGGGGCCGGCGGGGGCCGUGCGGGCGCUGAGCGCGCGGCUGCUGGGGCUGGCGGGGGACACCACGCGGGACCCCGACCCCGCCGUGUACCUGGGGCUGCGCCUGGGCCGGGAGCACGACCUGCAGCAGGAGCAGCGCUACCUGGAGAGGCUGCACCAUGCCUUCCAGCACCCCUACGGCAGGAGCGUGCAGGCCCAUGGCUACCCCGAGCAGGAUGCUGAGCUCAGCACGGGCGUGGAGCGGCCGCAGACAGGGCGGCUGGCGCUGUACCUGCUGGGGCUGAGGGCCACCUGUCCCCCACCCAAACCCCACCGGGCGCUGGUGACGUGGCUCAAGUACUACCUGGAAGAGGACUGGACAGGCUCCCAGCGGCAUGGCCGCCCCCUCACCAGUCACUACCAGUAUGGGCUGGGCGUGCUGGCGCUGUGUGUGCACCACAAGCGGGUGCGGGAGGAGGUGAUCCGCCGGCUCCUGGCGGCACAGCACCAUGGCCAGCUCGGGCACAGCGCCGUGGACACGGAGGCCGUGCUGGCACUGGCCCUCACCUGCCUGGAGCGCAGGAGGCUGGUGGGGGCCGGGCUGGCGGCCGAGCUCCGGGCCACCGUGCACAGGGUGAGCAGGGGCAUGGCCCAGGCUCAGGGACCCGACGGCAUCAUCGGCAACAUCUACAGCACCCCCUGGGCCCUGCAGGUGUUCCUGGCCACAGGCAUGUGCCACACGGAGCCAGCGUACAGCCAGGCCAUGGCCGCACUGCUGGAGAACCUGGACGCCUUCGGCACGGCCGCCACCAUGGCCCAGGUGCUGCCGGUGCUGCACGGCCACUCCUACCUGGACAUCGCCUCCAUGAGCUGCCAGGACGAGCUGGACACACUGACACCCCUCGACGUGGAGCCCCUGAUUGAGGUGCCGGGGAACAAGACGGUGCGGCUGGUGGUGGAGUGUGCCCAGCCCUGGUGUUUCGACCUCCAGCUCUAUGACCGGCAGGUGUCCACGCCCGCCGCCGCCUCCCUGCUGGAUGUGCUCUGGGCAGCCAGUGCACAGGAUCCCCACUUCACGUUCGACACCCAGGGCACCCCCCAGGGCCCCUACCUGACCCAGGUGCUGGGGCUGGAGGCCCGGCAGGAGAAGCGGAACUACUGGCAGCUCCUGACAGCCCCCAGCACACCCCUGCUGACAGGUAUCGCCGACUACAUUCCCCCCGAUGGGGAGACCCUCAUCCUGCGCCUCAGCGAGUGGUAGAGGGUGGGAAGAGAUGGCAAUGAAACCCCCACUGAGGGCACAAGACCUGCUUCCUGUCUCCUGCUUUCCAGGGGCCAGCACCCCAAAUCCACUGGGGGGAGGAGGAAGGGGACACAACGUGCCUUGUCCUACGGGUGCUGUUGGAUGGGAGCACCCGGACUGGCAGCUCCUCCGCUCCCGGUCCCUCUCAGGGAUGGGGCAGGCAGGUGCUGGGAGCAGCCGGUUUUGGGGCGUCCAAAGCAUUUUUGGGAUAUGCAAAGAUUUGGGGAGUCCAAGUCAGCGCUGCUCAUCCGCAGAAAGCUGCCAGCUGGGAUCACCCUCCUCUGUAACGCCUUGGGGAGCCCCGGCCCGUCCCGCUGAGCCCCCAGGUCCCCCCAGUGCCACACC